ACUCGUGAGCAAUGGCCAUUUGAACUGAAAAUUAUGUUAUAUUUGGAACUAAAUUUUUUUUUAAAAAAAUCCACAUUUUACACGUCCACAGAAAAGAUGUAUUUACUCAUGGCAGCUGACACAAACAUCACUUUAGGUAAAGAUGAACCGGGCACAAUCCAAACGUUUGUCAUCCCGCACAGUCACAUGGACGUGGGCUGGGUCUACACAGUGCAGGAAAGCAUGCAGGCAUAUGCAGCGAAUGUGUACACCACUGUGACCGAGGAACUACUAAAGGGGAGACAGCGCAAAUUUAUUGCUGUGGAGCAGGAGUUCUUUAGAUUGUGGUGGGAUUCUGUUGCUACGGAUACACAGAAACUGCAGGUACGCAAUUUACUUAAAGAAGGACGUCUGGAGUUCAUUAUAGGUGGUCAGGUGAUGCAUGAUGAAGCAGUGACGGAACUUGAUGACCAGAUUUUACAGCUCACCGAGGGCCAUGGUUUCCUGUAUGAGACUUUUGGAGUAAGACCUCAGUACUCUUGGCAUGUGGAUCCCUUUGGAGCCUCUGCUACCACACCAGUUGUAUUUGCACUUGCUGGAUUCAAUGCUCAUCUCAUCUCCCGCAUUGACUACGACCUCAAAGAUGACAUGCAGCAGAAUAAGAAGCUGCAAUUUGUGUGGAGGGGUUCCCCAUCAUUAGGCCAACAGCAAGACAUCUUCACUCAUACAAUGGACCAGUUCAGCUAUUGCACCCCGUCGUAUCUUCCCUUCUCUAACCGGUCAGGCUUCUACUGGAAUGGAGUGGCCCUCUUUCCCAGCCCACCUGAGGAUGGCAUUUAUCCCAAUAUGAGUCUCCCUGUGUCCAGUGACAGCCUUCAUUUAUACGCAAAGACCAUGGCAGACAAUAUCAAAGAGAGAGCAGCCUGGUUCAGAACCAACCAUGUUCUCUGGCCAUGGGGAUGUGACAAGCAGUUCUUUAAUUCCUCGGUUCAGUUUGAAAACAUGGACCCCCUUAUGGAUCACAUUAACAGGCACUCGGAUGAGUUGGGGGUCACGGUGCAGUACGCAACCCUGAGUGAAUACUUCCAGGCUGUUCACACUGCAAACCUCUCCUGGGAAUUGAGGGACAACCAGGACUUCCUACCAUACUCCACUGAGCCUUUUCAGGCGUGGGCUGGAUUUUUUGCCUCUCGGAAUGUCCUUAAGGGCGUUGCAAGGAGAGCGAGUUCUCUUCUCUAUGCUGGAGAGUCCCUAUUCACACAGUAUGCAGUGAUGUACCCAAGCGGCCCCAUCUCCAAAGAGUGGGCUCUGAAGCACCUUCGGGACCUCCGAUGGGCAGUCUCGGAGGUACAACAUCAUGAUGGUAUUACAGGAACCGAGUCGCCCAAAGUUCGAAAUAUGUACCUAGACCAUCUGACUCAAGGAAUAAUGGGCGUUAAGGAGUUAAUGGCUGCAUUAUUCCUUUUAUCAAGGAAAAACUCACCAUACCCUGGCAACCUGGAAGUCAAGAGCAAUAGCACCUCUCAGGACCUUCAACAACAUAUCCUAGUGUAUAACCCACUGGCUUGGAAUAUCACUACAUUCAUCAAUGUUACAGUGAUGUUCCCAAUGGCCAAGGUGUACGAUGACAGUGGAAACCGUAUUCCAGCACAGAUACUAAAAUCAUCUGAGUCCACUUCCUCAUAUGAUUUAUACAUUCUUGUGACUUCAAGUGGACUCAGUUACAGAAGAUACAGGAUUAUGCUUGAAACAUCACCUUGCAGCAAUGAAUCAGACUGUUUGCCGACUUAUGUUGGAAGAGUAGUGAAGUUUGACCGGCAAAUAGUAAACAAGUCAAAGAAGCAGGGUGUGAGACUGCUCCCUGUGAUGAAUGAAUGUUACAUGUUGAGGCUGGACCAGGACACUAACUUACUGAACAGCAUAACAGACAGAGACACAGGACGGACUGUAAAAGCAACCCAAGAUUUCCUUGAAUACCAUGCUAAUGGAGAUGUGCAGCAGGGACCCAUUUCAGACAAUUACAUUUUCACCUCAAAUGGGCCGGCAGUCUCGGUGUCAAAAGCUGUUGGGAUGGAGAUUGUGAUUGGAAAGCUAGUAACCGAGAUAAGGCAGCACUUUUACAGAAAAGAGACUGACAAGGACUACAGCUAUGUUGUGUACACAAGGCUCUACAAUGUGCCUGCAGAGUACGACGGGAAAAUGUUGUGUCACAGACUAGAACAGGAGUAUAAAGUGGGCCCGCUGGAGCUGAACAGAGAAGCAGUCUUAAGGACCUACACGGAUUUAAAAAACGAAAAGACAAUCUUUACAGACAACAAUGGAUACCAGGUGCUUAAGAGACAAUACAAGGCUUACAUGAACAAUACCGUGGCUAGGAAUUAUUAUCCCCUGGUGCGGACUGCUUACAUUGAAGAUGACUCAACAAGAAUAGUGCUUCUCAGUGAAAGAUCUCAUGGAGUCUCUAGUCAAGACAAUGGACAAGUGGAGGUUAUGCUACACCGAAGGCUAUGGAACAACCAGGAGUGGAACCUGGGAUAUAACCUCACACUAAAUGACACCUCCGUUGUGCGUCCGGUCUUUUGGUUAAUGCUGGGGUCAAAGCCAGUAACUUCAGCACUGUACCCAAGGAGUGGACUGGCUCUGGAGCACAGGCCUGUUGUCAUGCUACUUGAUAUUCCAGAAAAGCCCUCUGUGAAGAGUUGGCCCGAGGGACACAGCAGGGUCCACGCGGAGCCUGUCAGCCUCCCACCAAACCUUCACAUCCAGAGCCUGAGCAUCCCUGGCUGGAGGUACAGUUCCAACCAUAGUGAGCAACUGAGAGACAUUCAGCAAGAAAAACAGAAACAAGCUGACCCAGAUUUUGAUCGGGUGCUGCUGAGAAUCAUGCAUUUAUAUGAGGUUGAAGAAGAUCCUGUUCUGUCCCUGCCUGCAGCUAUCAAUCUGAAGGAUCUGCUUAGUGGUUUGGGCACAGUGGCCUCUGUGGAAGAGCGUUCCCUCACAGGAACCUGGGAUCUCAGUGAGCUGAACAGAUGGAAAUGGAGAACCUCGCAGAAAGAAGACAAAGAAUCAAAAAGCAAUUUCAGCCCAGUCACUGAAGACUUUUCAGUAACUAUUUACCCAAAGGAGAUAAGAACGUUUUUUGUUUAUUUCAAUCAACAAUGAAUUGCAUUAAAGUAAUUGUAGAUAACUAAAUAAUUCAACAUAGAUCUCAAAUGUGAAGUUUUUUUUUUAAAAGGAUGUAUUUUCAUUUCAAAACCAUGAUAUCUGGUACUACUUCAGGUUAAAGCAAGCCUUUAGUUUCUAUGCCUUAUUCUUUGGUUGUCUGUUAGCACUUGCAAUUCCUGGGUCAUUUCACCUCUGCAGCGUCUUGGGGUCAAAGCAUGUCCAUCAAUAGGUGAAGCAGCUGGGUAGACAAGGACAGCAAUGAAGGUGUUGGAAGGGUGGGGAUAAUGUCGUUCUCCAGGUGAAAUGAUAAAAGAAUUGCAAGACAGUAUGGCUUACAAACAGAGAUUUCUUUAAAAUGAAAAUAUAUGUUUGCUAUAGCUUUCAAAACUGCAAAAUUGAAACUUGUAUUAUGAAUGGAUGUGCAUGACGGAGAAGUUUUAUGGAACUAUUGUAUUUUGUUAGCUACAAUUACUUCAAUAUAUUAUAUAUGAAGAUCGUAUGAUUUUUGGGACUCAAAGUAGCCCUUUUUCUUUGCAUUCCAAUCCUUUUCUAUUGAAUCAUGUUUGUUCUUGUAAUGGAGGGUAAGUCACAUUUUUUGUAAAUAGCUUGCAUGUGACUUAUAAAGUGGUAACUAGCUACCUUUUAGACCCAAUUAAGUGUCAGGGUUAUUUUGUGACAAAUUAUCAGGAAAGAAUUCCAGGAUUUGCACAGCACAGCUUCAGAUUGAAAUAUAUUUGUAUAAAAAAGACAGUAGUGUUAAAUUAUGUAUAGGUGUAAAAACAGAAAGAAGAAAUGCUGCUUAACACUGCACUGUUCACCAAAACUUGUGUGAGAUCUCAUGAGAUGCCUACAUGUGUAACUUUUUUUUUUUUUGUGGUUUAUCUUUACAAUUCUAAAAGCAUUAGCCAAACUGUUGUUAAAAAAAAAAAUGUUGUUUGAUUUGGAGGUUUUUGAUUUGUAAUAAUGUUAAUAGACAAAAAAUGUAUAUCUUGAUACCAGAGUCACUAUUUAUCUUUCUCUUGAACCUACCAUGAAUAAUAAUAAUAAUAAUAAUAAUAAUAAUAAUAAUAAUAAUAAUAAUAAUAAUAAUAAUAAUAAUAAUAGUAAUAAUAAUACAAACACAACCAAAAAACAUCCAAACUUAAAACCCUAAUACGGGAGCAUAACUUUAUUUUUCAAGAACAAUUCCAACAAUUCCUAACCAUUUGUGGGAUGGUAGUAAAAUUCAUGAAAUAAAAUACAGCUCCAGUAAGAUGAUUCACCAGCAGAGGGGGAAAGAGAGCACAUUGUCUUAACAAUAGUGCAACCUGCACCAUUUAUGUGAAAAGAAACUUGUUACAAACUUACAAAGAAGCAUGUAAAAACCUUGAUAAAGCAGGCCCCUUGUGUGUUUUUUAUAACAAGCAUACAUACAAGUAUGUACACUUUAUCUGAAAGGAAAAUCCUCAUUACAGUGACUACAAAACGUACAAGAAACAGCUUAAAAGAAUGCUAUCCAAAGAUUCUCUUCUUAGUUUUACUAACAUUACGUCUCAUCCAAUAUUUAUUGUGCUGGAGAAUAGGCUGGGUCUUCACUUGGUAAUUCAGGAUAUGUAAAUAUUUGAAAUAUACAGCUAAUUUUAAACUCAUGCAUCCUGGUGCUGUACUUUUUAUAUGGAUCACAUGAUCUACCUGCAGCUAGAGUUAGUUUGAACAACAGCACAAGUGAUUAGGCAUCAGCAGCAAUUGCACUAGUCUGAACAGAUAUAAUUUGAACCACACAAUCAUUAUGAAAUGUAUUCUGAUAUAGCUAUAGAAACGAAACUUCAAUAUUAUAAGUCUGUAUUGUUUUUACUCAUUAUUUAUGUAAUCUGUCAAGUGUUAUUUAAUCUGUAGUAUUUUGUAUUUAAUCAUAUCCUGAUGUAACUAUCACUGACACUUAUCUGCUCUGUUACUGAAUUGUAUUUUGUCAUACUUGUACUUGCUAGAACCAAAGUCAUUGCAUUUAUCUUGCUCUUAAUUGUAUUAUUACUUGAACUGUGAUUCUUGAAAUGUAUUUUUGUUUAUGACUGUAAGUCGCCCUGGACAAGGGCGUCUGCUAAGAAAUUAAUAAUAAAUAAUAAUAAUAAUAAUAAUAAUAAUAAUAAUCUAACAAAAGCUAUACACCAGAUUUGACAAAAUUAUAUAUGGAUCAUUAUCUUAUUACCAAAUAAACUAAAAGGCUGAAAUUCUCAUUGACAAAGGCAGUAUACAUGAUUUCAAAGUGCGUAAUCCAAAUUUUAGUAUAAUAUAUAUAUAUAUAUACACACACACACACAAAGGUACACUGUAUGCAUUUUACUUUUUUUUAAUAUGAUUCAAAGUAUAUCACUACAACAGCAGGACUGAUGACAUUUAAAACACAUUGAGGGGCAUCUUGUUUCCUGUGGUUAACAAGCGUAUAUAUUUACCGAUGAUUAGGUGUGCUUAAGUGCCA